AUGUUCACUUUGCCUUCUAUUGUGUUACGCAGACGGCUAAACGGGCAGACGUCAGGCUCGGCGCGGCGCCGCGCGCGGCAGCGGCGGCAGGCCGAGCUGACGAGGCAGGAGGGGGAGCGCCUCGCCCGCGAGCGCCGCGACCAGAGGCUGAGGGAGAAGCUUGAGCUGCAGAGGCAGGCCCGUGAAGAGCUGGCGUCGUUCGCGCCGUGGGGCCGCGCGGGCGGCGGCGCGCCCAACCCCCGCGGCGUGCGCUUCACGGAUAUUAGGGCCAAGGGGAUCAUACCGGAGGAUGAACUCAGGGGAGUAGCCCUGCACGAGUCCCGCCCCCCGCGCCGCCGCCGCACCCCGCUGCGUCUGCGCGAGGACCCCAACAUCUGCUACUCCGAGGCGCUCCGGCAGACCGUGGACAAUGAUAUCCGCUACCGACAGACUCCCGACCAGCAGAGGGACUAUCGGGAGAUACUGGAUGACAUGGUGAAACAACGCAACAGAGAGAUAAAAGACCAAAGAAAACGAGACUUGGAGUAUGAACGUAAAAUGCAAACCCUCGAUGGUCCGUGGGGCAGACCCGGACCGGGCGGCGCCGCGUGGCGCAACCCGCGCGAUAUCGGACUCAAUUUCUCUAAUUCUAUGGGUUGGACAGACAACGAGAUCUUCAACCAAAUAAAGGGAGCCCACCGACAGAAGAGCUCGUCGCUAUCUUUGCCUCCAGUAAAGAGAGACGACGACUGCGGCCCUCAGAACCAGCUCGCCGCUUAUGAGAAACUGCCUCAGAUAGGAGAGAAAGAGAACUGUCAGAAGGAAGCGAGGAAAGUCACUAUUGAGGCGGAGAAGGGGUCGGGGAAACGGCGGAAAAAAAGCGCGAAGAAGAAGAGGUUCAUCAAACGUCUGCCCAACGGCGAGCGCCUGCACAAGGACAUCCCUCAAGACCCCCCUCCCCCCGCCGCCGCCCCCGCUCCUCCCGCUGCUGACGAGAAGCAGCUGACUCCAGAGACAGUGAUCCUGCGCGCGACGGGCGGCGUGGAGCUGGUGCCUCUGCUGGCGCGGCGCCGGCACGCGGGGGCCGGCACCCUGCACUCCAGUGACGUCACCAGGCCGCCGGACCAGGACUGCGAAUGGCGUGAAAUCCUAAACAUGAACUACCUGAAAGAACUCAAGAAUCAGAUGCGAGUAAAGUUUGAGCAACAAGAGGAAUGUCGCCGCGACUCGGCGGAGAACGUCCGGCAGCACCACUCGACAUGGGCCUCGCUGUGGGGGCGCGAGGGGCACGGGGCGCCGCGGCGGGGGCGCUACGCACGCAGCAACCUCGCGCGCCUGCUGUACGUGCCGCCCCUUGCCUCCCGGGUGGAGAUAUAGGGGGCGUCGCUGUGGGGGCGUGAGGCGCUCGGUGCGCCUACACAGCGUUGCUAGGAGACACACUGUAAAGUUAUAUCCUCGCGUGGCUGCUGUACUAGCCGCCCCUCGCCUCCAGAGUGGAGUUAAUUAUAGAGCGUG